CCACUAUUGUUACUUAAUAUUCAAGUACAUGAUUAUCAAAAAUGUAAAAAAUUGGGUUUCCACGACAUUACGUCGACCUCGCUUUAUGUUGCGGUUAAACAGGUUUAUUCUAGAGUCGGACAUUUCAUCGCAAUGUUGUUUUCAUGUGGAAUAUACGUUUAAAAAAUAUCUUGUGAACUGCUGAUGUGUUAGUGAUUAUGUACAGUGUUGGAUUUAUAAAAUGAAUUACAAUACAAGUAGUGAAAGCUGUGACCCCCUGCCUAUGCAGUCAACGAUAACGCUGAACAUAAGUGAAAAAGAUGUCUACAGCGAAGAUACGUAUAAUCCUUUUGAUCAUCGGAAAGUUUUACAUCCGACUUCAACUUUAGGUUCAUUCUUCCAUUUGCUGAAGUCUUCAUUGGGCUCUGGUUUACUAGCGAUGCCAGCUGCCUUCAAGCACACCGGCCUGAUACCGGGGUGUAUUGGUACAGCACUAGUCGGCGUGAUAGCUACACACUGCGUGCAUAUUUUAGUGUCGACGUCCCGAGAGAUUUGCGGCCAUUGUCGUGUCAGUUCAUUGAGUUAUACGGACACGUGUGAGAAGGUAUUCAAGCAUGGGCCGCAUACGUUGAGAAAAUACUCACAAACAGUCAGACAUUUUGCGGAUUACGCGAUGGCGGGAGUGUGCUUGGGUGGUACCAGUGUUUAUGUGAUAUUCAUCGCUAGCUCUCUCAAAGAUAUUUGCGAUCAUUUCAAUCCAAACUACACGUUUUCAGUGAAAGAAUACUGCGGCUUUUUGCUCAUACCACUCAUCGCCUUAACUCAAAUCAGGCAUUUGAAGUUCCUCGUCCCGUUCUCAUUGUUAGCGAACAUCUGUCUCUUACUGACGUUUGUGAUAACGUGUAUCUACACUUUCAGUGAUCUAAAUGACAUAUCGACAGUCAAACUUGCAUCCAGUCCUACACAAUGGCCGCUGUUCUUAAGCACAGCAAUAUUUGCUAUGGAAGGUAUCAACGUGGUGAUGCCUGUUGAGAACGAGAUGAGGAAGCCGCAACACUUCCUGGGCUGUCCUGGAGUACUGAAUGUCACUAUGGUGCUGGUAGCCGUGCUAUACGCGGUUGUCGGUGUGUUUGGUUAUUUAAAGUACGGUGAUGAUGUUAAGGGGAGUAUCACAAUCAAUCUACCACAGGACGAAAUAUUAGCAUUGACAGCGAAGGUAAUGGUGGCAACGGCUGUCUACUUCACGUAUUGUCUGCAAAUGUACGCUCCUAUGGACAUUAUAUGGACCCGUAUAAAGGAUUCCAUGAGACAGAAAUUCCACAACACCGGACAAAUAGUUCUUAGAACGUUAAGCGUUGCUUUAACAGUUAUCUUGGCAGUCGCUGUGCCCGAUCUCGAACUUUUAAUAGGCCUCGUCGGCGCAAUAUUCUUCUCAACUUUGGGUCUAUUUAUUCCGAUAGUCGUUGAAACCGUGCACAAAUGGGAUCGAGGCUUGGGCAAAUUCAAAUACAUUCUCUGGAAGAAUACGUUAUUACUGUUAUUCUAUUUGUUAGUUUUAGUUUCGGGAUGUUAUUCAGCUAUAAAAGAGAUUGUAAUAAAAUAUACAUGAAA